UUAAUUAAUACAGAUCAAAGUCCAAUUUAGUCCUUGAGUUGUUGUGCCGGCAACCUCGUCGCAAAACACGCCACACUUUUUCUUCCCUCUUUCUCCGACAACCACACUUCUCUUCAUUGACUUCAACUCAAUGGGAGGAAACUGCAGCACCGGCACCGGCACCGGAACCACCACCACCGCAACCGAACCUCCCAACCAAAAUACCCCCAAAAUCCUCCCUCAAAACUCCACCCCCUCACCACCUCAACCUCCCUUACCCACCUCCCUCGGACGCAUCCUCAACCGUCCAAUGGAAGACGUUCGCUCCACCUUCAUCUUCGGUCGCGAACUCGGCCGAGGCCAAUUCGGCGUUACAUAUUUAGUAACACACAAAGUCACCAAAGAACAAUUCGCGUGCAAAUCAAUCGCCACGCGAAAACUCAUUAACCGCGACGAUAUCGAUGACGUUCGCCGUGAAGUUCAGAUCAUGCAUCACCUCACCGGUCACCGGAACAUUGUUGAACUUAAAGGUGCUUAUGAGGAUCGUCACUCUGUUAACCUUGUUAUGGAGCUAUGUGCCGGCGGUGAACUUUUUGAUCGGAUUAUUACUAAGGGACAUUACUCCGAACGUGCUGCUGCUAAUUUGUGUCGUCAGAUUGUUACAGUUGUGCACAAUUGUCAUACUAUGGGUGUUAUGCAUAGGGAUUUGAAGCCUGAGAAUUUUUUGUUCCUUGGGAAUGAUGAGAAUUCGCCUCUUAAGGCUACGGAUUUUGGUCUCUCUGUGUUUUUUAAACCAGGAGAUAUGUUUAAAGAUCUUGUUGGGAGUGCCUAUUACGUUGCUCCUGAAGUGCUGCGUAGAAGUUAUGGGCCUGAAGCUGAUAUUUGGAGUGCAGGGAUUAUAUUGUAUAUUUUGCUUUCCGGUGUCCCUCCAUUCUGGGCAGAAAAUGAACAGGGUAUCUUUGAUGCUAUUCUUCGUGGGCAUAUUGAUUUUGCGUCGGAUCCUUGGCCUUCUAUAUCAAGUAGUGCCAAAGAUUUGGUGAAGAAGAUGCUACGAGCUGACGCUAAAGAACGACUUUCAGCAGUUGAAGUACUUAAUCAUCCUUGGAUGAGAGUAGAUGGAGAUGCAUCUGACAAGCCUCUUGAUAUUGCUGUUUUAAGCAGAAUGAAACAAUUCAGGGCAAUGAACAAGCUAAAGAAAGUAGCUCUGAAGGUUAUCGCCGAAAAUCUUUCUGAAGAAGAAAUUAUUGGCUUGAAGGAAAUGUUCAAAUCCAUGGAUACAGACAACAGUGGAACAAUCACAUUUGAAGAGUUGAAAGCUGGUCUCCCUAAACUUGGUAGUAAAAUGUCUGAGUCUGAAGUAAGGCAGUUGAUGGAAGCGGCUGAUGUGGAUGGCAAUGGAACCAUUGAUUAUAUUGAAUUUAUAACAGCUACCAUGCAUAUGAAUAGAAUGGAAAGAGAGGAUCACCUAUAUAAAGCCUUUGAAUAUUUUGACCAAGAUAAGAGCGGGUUCAUCACAAAGGAAGAAUUGGAAUCUGCACUUAAGAAGUAUAAUAUGGGUGAUGAGAAAACAAUAAAGGAGAUCAUUGCCGAAGUUGAUACAGACAAUGAUGCAAGAAUUAACUAUGAUGAAUUUGUAGCGAUGAUGAGGAAAGGAAACCCCGAUAUAACUAAAAGACGUCGCAAAUAAGCUCUACAUAAGCUGUUUUAGUAACACGGACAGAAAUGUAUUCCACGGAGUUUACUCACCUGUUGUUUCUAGGGAGCACUUUUGUGUAACAGAAGUUUUUGUGUUGUUUUUCGCAUGUUCUUUGGUCGCAGAUAUUGUGUAUUUAUAUGUGAUAUUUUCGGGUCCAGUUGUACUGAGUUUAUUUAUACUGCUUGAGUAGACACCAAUAUGUACAAAUUCUGGGAAAAAAAGGUCAACACCAUUUUCCGUUGUGAGGUUAAAAGAAAAUGAUAUUUAUUCAUGCUAGAUCCAUGUUUAUGCUA